UGUCCUGCACACGCCGCUACACAUCUCUAAGGCUUUGCGGCAUUGAGCAAAAUUUUUGCGAAAAUUUGUGAGUUUACAAAGAACAGCUACUUAAAUGGUUUAGUUUCGCAAGGCGACCGAAUAAUUGCUGCAGGCCAGAGUUUCAGUGUACCGGCUGGGUGCAACUCGCAGGAGAAAUCGAGGCGAUUUAACUGCUGCAUAUUGAUAGGAUUGGGCAGUCAGCCGAUGUGUCAAUGUUAAUCGCGCUCUUCGCGCUUGCACACUUGCCAAUCUUUCGUAAGACGCCGCCCCCAGCCUCUCCGUCGCCGCCGUCGUCUGCCCCCCAGUCGCCAAGGUGUGGCAGAGCGAGUUCCGCACACCAUCCACCGCCAGCAGAAGUCCGCAUCCGCGCUCCGGCCAUCAACGCAGCAUCCGGGAUGAGUAACACCGCUGACCAGGACAAGCCGAUAGCGGCCAAUGGCAACGCAGUGGGGCCCCAGGAAGUGGAAAUCAUCAACUUCCUGCCGCACGAGAAGCAGUGCUGUCGUGUAAUCAGGAGCAACCAGACUAAGGUCCUAACCUCCGGCGGCGUCCACACACGCGGCUCCUCCAAGGUCAAGCUAAAGAACAUUGUCGACUACAAGUGGGAGCGCAAGUACUACUACCCGGGACAUCUGGUGGCCGUCCACCGCGAUGGCAAGCACCUUGCCUACGCCAUUAAUGUCAACAACAAAGCCACUGGUAUGGAGGGCAUGGUUCGCGUCUGCAACAUCAGCAGUAGCAUGCGGGCCUUGAUCAAGGGGAUGAGUGGCGAGGUCUUAGAUCUGCAGUUCGCCCACACCGAUCGCGAGCGCAUUCUGGCUGUGAUCGAUGUCAGCUCGCUGUUUGUCUACAAAGUUGAUCAAAUCGAAGGCAAUCUUCUGUGCAAUCUUGUGCUGAAGGUGGAGGACCCAAUCGCCAACUAUGUGCCGGAGUAUGACAUGGUCUCCUGGUGUCCCUAUGUCUGCAGCACCAACACUGCUGUGCCGAUCAACGACGAGGACGAUGAGAAUCAACUGCUUAUUUGGUCGAGGAGCUCGCAGUUUCAGUGCUUCCAUGUCAAGAUGAUUGUUUCUGAGCAUGGGCGGGGAAAAAUACAACCGGCUGCAUUGGAAACUGGAUAUCUAAAGAUCGAGGAAGACUCGCUAAUCACCUGCGCCGCCUUGUCCCCGGAUGGCACUACGGUGGCCGCCGCCUGCGCUGAUGGCUUGGUCCGCUUCUACCAAAUCUAUCUGUUCGAUGUGCGUAACCAUCGUUGCCUGCACGAAUGGAAGCCACAUGAUGGCAAGAAGGUCUGCUCACUAUUUUUCCUGGACAAUAUCAAUAAGCCUGUUGAAGAUUCCUACUGGCAGCACGUGAUCACUACGAGCGAUGCAAAUACCGAAAUCAAGCUGUGGAACUGCUCUCUCUGGGAAUGUCUGCAGACUAUUAACGUGAUGGCAAGUAGUCCGUCUUCAGGGCAACCCGGAAACUUUAUCGCGGGCAUCGAUCGCAGUGCCAACUACUUGGUGCUAUCCUGCUUGGACUCGCUGGCCGUUUAUGUAAUGCAGAUUGGGAACACUUCCCGUAGAGAUUCCGGAGAUGUAGACAGUUAUAGCGACGGAGACGGAAGCGACUCCUCCAAACGCAUUCAGAACGUUGCCGAGUUCAAGCUGAGCUCUGGCAUUCUCUCUUUCUCUAUCGUGAACGCCAGCAUGCGUCGGGUGAAGAGCUCUAUAGAGAGCUACUAUCCUAUCGAGGAGCCUGAUGACUUCGACGACGAUAGCAACUCAACCAGUGCGCUUGUACUGCACAUGUUUGUGGUGCAGGCGAAGAGCCUGCAGGAGUGUCAAAUAAUUUACCAGCCGUGUGUGGCGGUGGCUGAAAAGUCAGAGCGCCGCAGCCUGAGCAGCAAACGUUCCGAGACGCCGGAGGAUAAUCUGCUGAUCAAACAGGAGCCGGAAUCCCCCAAUAACGGAUCGGCAGGCACCGUCCAGCUGGAUGCUCUUUUUGCCAAAUCCGCCAAGAGGUCCUCAACAGGCAGUUCAUCUGCCAUAGUGGCUGUGGCGGCAGCGGCUGCUGCUGCCCCUUCGGUCAUUCUUCAGGAUGCCGCCAAGGAGGCUGCCAAGUCAGAGUCUCCGCAACUAAGCAGUGCUUAUCCGCAGCAUGUGAAUCUCAUGACCCCAGAUGCAUUCAGUGCAAGCGGAACCUCUACGGCCACAGCAGUAGUGGUAGCCUCCACCACCACGACUUCCACAGGAUCUGAUAGUUGUGCAGCCGGCGGCGGGAAAGAUAGAUCGAUUGAUUCGGCAGUUCUGCAAACGCUUCGCAUGCUGGCCACAGUAACGUCCAAGACAUCCGAAAACCCCAAUGCGGAGGUUCUCCUCAACCUAAUGAACAACACCCUAAUUGAAGACCGUGAGCAGCAGAAGCUCAAGGAAAAGCUGGACGCUCGCAAGAAGUUCAUUUCCAUUGAUCGAAAUCCGGAGCGUAAUGUGGCUGAGAACUUGGCCAGCGGUGGUUCGAGUCCGAGUCGCGAGGUACAGGAAAUAAUGGCCACUCAGGAGGAUGCCGAUGCCUACGAAGCUGAGCUCGAGCAUCUAGACAACGAUGAUGACGACGAGGAGGAAGAGCUGGCCAUUUCAUCGCCCCUGUUGGAGGCUGUGGAUGGAACGUGGCCCAUUGUUAAGCUGCCAUCCCUUACCAACUCUGCUGAGCUCCAAAAUGCUGCCCAAAUCAUGUCUCAGGCGGUGCAGAAUACCAACAAUGGCAAUGUGCCACCCACGCUUGGUGGUGGUAAUAACAAUAAUUCUAGCGUGGGCAGCAAUAGCAACAACAACACGGCCACAACGCUGAACACCAGCAACAGCAGCAGCAACAACAAUGCUGGAACUGGGGAUGGCUCAAAUGGAAAUGGAGAGCUGAAUGCCAAGCUAGAACUUCUUAUCGAUCUGGUUAAGGCCCAAUCCAAGCAAAUUAACAAACUAGAGCACGAGGUCACCAAGCUACAGCAACAGCAGGAAGCAGUGGUAGCCCAGAAUAGUAAACCGGAUGCUUCCUUGGAACCUAAAAAUGUUAAUCAGCUGGCGUAUAAAAUCGAGAUGCAGCUGUCCAAGCUGAUGGAGCAGUACCUCAAGCGCUACGAAAACGAACACAAGAAGAAAUUGACCGAAUUCCUGGCAGCGCGUGAAAGUCAAAAUCGUGAACUACGCGACUCUGUACUUCAGGUACUAAACCAGUACGUAAUGAAUCACUUUACGGACAUUAUUGGGAACGUUCUCAACAUGGAACUGCAGCGGCAAUUGCUCCCACGGGUGAAUGCAAAGAUGGAUCAGCUCCAAGCCCAAAUGCAGGUCGAGAUUGUACAGAAGUUGAGCGUGUUUGACAAGACGGUCAAAGAGAAUAUUGCCCAAGUAUGCAAGAGCAAGCAAUUUUUGGAUACUUUUGGCAAGUCUGUGUUGGUUGGUGUCCAAACCAGCCUCCAAACCGCGUUCAUUGAAUCCAUGGGCAGCACCUUGAUUCCAGCUUAUGAGAAGUCCUCACAGAACAUGUUUAAACAGCUGCAUGACGCCUUUAGCGUGGGCAUUAAGGACUUCAUGGUCCAGUUCAAUACCUACCUGCAACACAUGCCCCAGCCUCAAGCGGUAGGCGCCAACUCCGAGGAGCUGAACAACAAACUAACUAUGCUGAAACAAUUAGUCGAAAGCAGCCUGCAUAAACACCGCACUGAGCUUACCGACGCCAUGCUGGAGACGCAACGAGAGGUGAAGAGCUUGGAAAUUUUGCUGGCACGCCAGGUACAGGAAACGAUCCGAACAGAGCUGCGCAAGCACAUGGAGAGCCAGAAUAUGGCUAUGCGUUCACAGGCAGCCACGCCGGCACCACCAUACGACCUGAGAGACAGCAUCAAGCAGCUCUUGCUGGCUGGACAGAUUAAUAAGGCCUUCCAUCAGGCCUUGCUGGCCAACGACUUGGGCCUGGUUGAGUUCACUCUCCGACACACGGACAGCAACCAGGCCUUCGCUCCCGAGGGAUGCAGGCUGGAGCAAAAGGUAUUGCUGUCACUCAUUCAGCAGAUAUCCGCUGACAUGACCAAUCACAAUGAGCUUAAGCAGAGGUACCUCAACGAGGCGCUGCUGGCCAUCAACAUGGCUGAUCCCAUCACCCGCGAGCACGCUCCCAAAGUGCUUUCUGAGCUGUAUCGCAAUUGCCAGCAGUUUAUCAAGAACAGCCCUAAGAACUCGCAGUUCAGCAACGUCCGGCUUCUGAUGAAGGCGAUCAUAACGUACCGCGACCAGUUGAAAUGAUAUCAAGAGAACUACAACCUGGCUAGCGGCUGGUACUGAUAGAUUACCAAUCCGACCUUGCCCGGCCCGGUCCCCCAUCCAAGAUAGAUAAUCUAGGACCACACACACAUUAAUUAAUACACGCUUGUAGUUAAGUACAGAAUGCAGUUCAUCCCUGCUAAAAAAAAACUCUCAGUUCAUCCCUCAAAGAGUUACAAUUUAAUCUAUGCCUUUAAUUUUAUUGUUUAUUUGUUUUGUGCGUGUUUUGUUUUAAGUAAGGCUUUAUAUCUUAUGUUAAUGUCACUAUCGAAACUGUAUUAACCUUAGAAAGAUUUACCUACAAAAUGGCAAUAUUGUUUUUUUAUAAUUUAAUUUUUGCACCGAUCUGCGAGCAGUUCGUAUGUGCUGCCUUUUUAGUUUCGUGUCUUUAGAUUUUCUUUUUAUAAUUAUGACGCUUACUGAAGAAAAAAAACACUAGAAACUGAGCUGUAGAAACGUAUUUCAAAAAUGAUUUCGAAAAGAAAGGAAACUUUCGAGUAUGACGAACAACACAAACACAUGAUUAUGAUGAUUGCAAAUGCAAAAACUACAAGUAAAUCGUAGAUAUUAAGCUAAAAACAAAAUAAGAAAAGAACUAAAAUUUAUAAUAAAAAAAUAAAUGUAUGUACUUGAAAAAUA